AGGGACGUGGGGGAGACGGAGUCUAUCCCGGCAAGCAACGGGCGCAAGGCGGGGUACACUCUGGCUGGGACGCCAGUCACACAAUCACCCCAGGGCAAAUUUUCCCAGAAGCCAAUUAACCUACCAGUAAUUUUGGACUGUGAGAGAACACAGGGAGAACAUACACAUCACACAGAUAGACCCACAGCGCUGGAAUUGAACCCAGGACCGCAGCACUGUUACGUUACUAAGAACACCAUCUCAUUUUUUUCUGUCUGCGGUGGAAAAGAGAAAAUGGGUCUAACCUGGAAGUAGGAAAGUACAGUUGUUGCCAAGGCGACCAGGUGCACUAACUCGAGGGCUGAACUACAAGACAGGUGAAGCACACCUUUAACAAGACAAAGGAGUGAAAAGCUUAGAAACGAAAUGGCCCAGUCCACGGACCCUAUUGAGAAGCUCCGAUUGCAGUGUCUGGCCAAGGGCUCUGCGGGGAUAAAGGGCUUAGGAAGGACCUUCCGCAUCAUGGAUGACGAUGGCAGCAGAACGCUGGAUUUCAAGGAGUUCCUGAAAGGGCUGCACGAGUAUGGGGUGAACAUGGACAAGGAGGAGGCCCUCAAGAUCUUCAGCCUCAUAGACAAGGAUGGUGGCGGGACCAUUGACUUUGACGAGUUUCUCCAAGCUCUCAGGCCUCCCAUGUCCAGCGCCAGAAAACAGGUGAUUGCAGAGGCGUUUCGUAAGCUGGACAGGACUGGGGACGGCGUGGUGACCAUUGAAGACCUGCAGAGCGUUUACAAUGCGAGCCACCACCCCAAGUACAAGACGGGGCAGUGGACGCAGGAGCAGGUGUUCAGAGCAUUCCUCGACAGUUUUGAUUCCCCGUACGAAAAAGACGGCAAGGUCACUCUGGAGGAGUUCACGAAUUACUACAGCGGAGUGAGUGCUUCUAUCGACAGUGACAGCUACUUUCUGGAGAUGAUGAGAAACGCCUGGAAGCUGUAGAACGCCCCCCCUUUUGCUGGAAUGGUGUCUAAGCCCUCCGUCGACAACCACGAUUACCUGAUCCUACCUACGGAGAACAGCUGGGGACUGUGAGCUUAAUCAGCCUCCCUUUCAUCUUGCAUUGUUCUGUUCACCUUGCAUUCUUACGAUCGUGCUGUAUUGUUACAAGUGCCUGCAGCUAUAUGAACGGUUUAAAUAAAGCUGUCAACUUCAACUCG